CCUAAACCACAUCGGCAAGCAGAUGGAAGAAACAGGACGGCACGGUGACGGCAACGUGGCAAUCGUUGGUGGUCAGCUCUUGAGAAACAAAGCCGACGGCCGAUCCUUCUCUCUCAAAAUCCAGAUAAACGGUCUUGAUGAACCAAACCAAUCCAACCCAACCCAACCCAUAUGAUCAAUCUAUAUUUUCAACACAGAGAAGUUUAAAAAUUAUAUAAUAAAAAAAGUGGGUUUAUUCAGGAUUUAGUAGCUGCGUGGGUUCAAUCGGAAUGGUACUAGUAGCAGGUACUGAAUUGAGAUUGUAAUAAAAUCAAGGAAAUGGUAAUCGGGUCGGAGCCGGGCGGUGGGAGCUCCGAUUCCGCCGGAGGAUGGGGCGUGGCGCGCGGGUUGGUGGUUAAGACCCUGGUGCUGAUAGGCGGAGUUCUGCUGCUGAAGCGACUCACCAAGUCCACCACCCGGUGGGACCACGCCCGCCUGGUUACCCGUUCUCUUUCCGGCGAGAAGUUCUCCAAAGACCAAGCGGCCAGAGAUCCUGACCACUACUUCAACAUUAGAAUGGUAACUUGCCCAGCAGCUGAAAUGGUGGAUGGUUCUAAGGUUUUGUACUUUGAACAAGCUUUUUGGAGGACUCCUCAGAAGCCGUUUCGACAAAGAUUUUAUAUGGUGAAGCCUUGCCCGAAAGAGUUGAAAUGUGAUGUUGAGCUAAGCUCAUAUGCAAUCAGAGACGCGGAGGAGUACAAGAAUUUCUGUGAUCGCUCAAAAGAUCAGCGACCGCUUCCUGAAGAAGUUAUUAGGGACAUUGCAGAGCAUUUGACAACAAUACAUCUGAAACGUUGUGAGCGUGGGAAACGCUGCUUAUAUGAAGGUUCAACUCCACCUGACAGCUUUCCAAAUUCAUGGAAUGGAGCAGCGUACUGUACAUCGGAACUUGCAAUUCAUAAAAAUAAUGAGAUACAAGCCUGGGAUCGGGGAUUUGAUGCUGAUGGAAAUCAGGUUUGGGGUCCAAAGGAAGGUCCGUACGAAUUCAAGCCUGUGCCGGCCUCUAGUACCAAUGACAUGUUUUCUUCUUUAAAUUUUCCUAUCCAGCAGUCUAUGGAGAAAAGAAUAGAGGGUUCAUUUGUGUUGCAAGAAUAAUCGUCUAUUACUUAAACCAUCCAUGUGUGAUGCAAGUAAAUUGAACAGAAAGAUUCAGAAAAAGGCUCCCUGAUACGAGCAUUCUACGAAUGUUCACUAAUUUGAGGUUACAGUAACACUUUCUAUCCCUGAAAGCCGACAUUGAUGUAGA